GUCUGGGGCUCUGCUCAUGUGAUGGAGCAAGCGGGAGACGGGCGGGGGGACCAGGGGCGGAGGUGAUUUUCCUCCCUCUCGCUUUUUUUUUUUUUUUUCUUUCCCUUUUUCCCUUUCCCUCCCUCCUCUCGCUCCCUAAAGGAGUUCGCGGAGAGCCGCGCUCCCUCAUUCCCAGCCGCGCCGCCACCCCCCACCCCUUUUCCCCCGAGCCCCUGCCGUUCCUCUCCGCUCAGCUCUGCGGGGCAGCGCCAUGGGCGCCGGCAGCUCCGCCGAGCCGUCCGCCCCGCCGCAGGAGGACGGGGCCGCCGCCGCCCCCUCGGAGCCCGCCAAGGCCUUAGAUGCAAGUUCACCUGUACCUGAUAUUAAUGAAGACGACUUGGAGAUUGAAGUCCUGCAAGAGGAGCCUCAGCAGCCGGGAGCUGCUACGACACCCCAGGAGCUGACUGGGCAGCAGCCAGAGGUGACUUCGCCAGUCCAAGAGUCCCCUGGACAGCAUGCAGAGGCGCUCACAGCAAGUGUUGAACAAACCGAACCUUCCAGUAUAACUUCAAAGGAAGACGACGCCCAAACUAUGGAGACAAGUCCAUCUGACUCAAGCACUAAGGAUGGUGUAGCUGCUGAGAAGGAGGAUGCUCAUGCAGAUAAGCGGUUGCCAUCUUCAGAAGAAGAUGCAGAAGAUGCUGAACAUGCAUCAGAGCCGCAGUCUUAUGAUCUGGGCUUUAAAAAGGUUUUUAAAUUUGUUGGAUUCAGAUUCACAGUAAAGAAGGAGAAGACAGGAAAAUCAGAACCAGUUCAACUGCUUACUGUAAAAAAAGAAACACAUGUCACUGAAGGAGCUGGGGAUCAAAAAGAAGUCAGCUCAGAAGAAACAGUGAUGCCUGAAGAUGCACCCUCUGCAGAAGACAACACCAAAGACGCACUGAAAAAUGAAAAACCAGAAGAUGAAUCUCCUAAAACACCGGAAGCAAAUGAGAUUUGUUCUCAGUCAUCUGCUUCAGCCACUGAUACUGCUUCACCAUUAAGAAAGUUUUUUACUCAGGGAUGGACUGGAUUUCGAAAAAAGAAGAGUUUUAGGAAGCCCAAAGAGGAUGAACAACAGUCUCCUACGAAAGAAGAGCAAGAAAAAGAGGGAACAACGUUAAUGACUGAAACCAGUGAAAAGGAGAAAUCAGAGUCUGAGAAGCAAGUGGAAGAGAAGAAUGUGACAGAGGUAACUAUUGAAACACAGGGAAAGGAGCAGACUGAAGAGAAAAAGCAGGAGUCAAAGACUGCCAUAGGAUUUGGUGCGAGUGAGAAGGAGGAGGUAACUGAGCAUGAUGAGCAAGAUGUAGCCACAGCAGGUGCCAAGGAGGGAAAAGCUGAAGAUCAAGAAAGUAAAUUGGUGGAAGUCUCAGAAGAUCUUGGUGAAAAGGAAGAAAAAAAUGAAGGAGAGAAAGAAAGUGAGGUUACAGAGAAACCACCUACAACAAAGUCAGUGAUGCCUGUAAUCACCACAGGUGUGAAUGAAGAAUUGAAAGCAUCCACAGAAGUCCUACCUGUAGGAAAAGAUCUGGAGUCAAUGGAGAAAUGUGAAAUAAAUGACAGAACUGAAGUAUCCUCUGAAGAGAAACUUGGAGCAGGAUCCUUAUUAGCAGUGGAAAGUUCUAGUGAAGAUUUUAAAAAAUCUGAAGGAAUAGACGGAAGUAAACCUGUUCUAGGAGAGAAGGAAAUGUCUGAUGAAAAAACAGAGACAGCAGAAUUGGAAAUUUCACCCACAACAGAAGUGGUCACUGAAAAAUUGGAGACACAAGGAGAAGCCCAGGAUGGAACCACGGAGAAGAAGGCAAGCAAAGAAGAUGAGGCAAAACCGGCUCUGGAUGCUGCUGGACCAAAGUCAUUUUCUACUUCUGAACAGUCAUUUGACGCAGAGGAUGAUCAACAGUCAGUCAAACCCACUGAUGAAGGACUGCAAGGCAAAAUUGGCACUGAUGGUAUCAAACCAGGCGAAAUAACCACAGAAAUAGCUCCUGAGGAAGCAAGUGGAAAGAGGCCUCCAGAAGGUAUCACAAAUGAAGCUGAAUUGCUCUCUUCUCAAGAAAAAGCUAAAUUACAAGGCAGCCCCUUAAAGAAACUAUUUACAGGUACUGGAUUAAAAAAACUGUCUGGAAAGAAGCACAAAGGCAAAAGAGAAGAAUCUAAGUUAGGGGAGCAAGGAGAAUUAACUCAGCACUUAUCGUAUUCCCCAGAUAGCCCAGAAGAACAAAAGGCAGAGAGUUCAGCUUCUUCUCCCGAGGAGCUGAAUGAAAUUCCUUCUUUGGAAAAAUCUGUAGAUGGAACACAAGUCUCGGAAAAUGAAGAUGCUGCUGUUUCAGAUGUGGAGAGAAAAAGAGAAAGUGUGACACCCUGGGCAUCAUUUAAAAAGAUGGUGACUCCCAAGAAACGUGUCAGAAGACCUUCUGAAAGUGACAAAGAAGAAGAAGUUGAUAAGACAAAGAGCACUGCAACGUCAUUAACUGAAAACCCAGCUGAAGAAAGUCAGAUAGAGUUGAAAGAAAAUGGAAUGGACCAGAAACCAGAGAAAGUCACAGAAGAACCGAAAAGAAAGGUUGACACCUCUGUGUCUUGGGAAGCUUUUAUAUGUGUAGGUUCUUCAAAGAAAAGAGCCAGGAAAUCAUCAUCAUCUGAUGAAGAAUCUGAGCAUAAGCUUGGUCAGGAAAGCCAAAAACUAGAAGAAUCUGGACAGAGCAAAGAAACUGCAACAGAUGCGAUUCUUACUAGCUCUCAGGAGAGUGAUCAAGGACAAGGAAAUUCCUCUCCAGAACAAGCUGGAAGCCCAUCUGAAGGUGAAGGGAUUUCAACAUGGGAAUCAUUUAAAAGGUUAGUCACUCCAAGAAGAAGAUCCAAAACGAGAAUGGAAGAGAGAACCGAAGACUCUGUCACAGGAUCUAGCCUGGAGCAUUCAACAUCAGAUGGUGAGCCUGGAAAAGAUGAAUCAUGGGUUCCGUUUAGAAAACUUAUGCCUGGCCGUAGGAAGAAAAAGUCAGAUGGGAAGCCAGAAGCAGCUCAUCUUAAGCAAGCGAGAGAAGACAUGGCAGAAACAGCUGAAGAAGAUUCGGACAUUCCAGCUGUUGUGCCUUUGUCUGAAUAUGAAGCAGCAGAGCAAGAGAAAAUUGAAGCCCAGAAAGCAAAAGACGCUGAAGUAUUGAAAGAACGAAGCUCAGAGGAAGAAAGAGUUGAAAAACCAGAAGACUCGCUAAGUGUUAAGCAAGCCAGUGAAGGGCUAGUACAUGCAGUUACUGUUAGUGUUGUGGAAGGGGAAAGAGCAGUUACCAGCAUUGAAGAAAGGUCACCAUCGUGGAUAUCUGCUGCUCUGACAGAGUGUGUUGAGCAGGAGGAAGAGGAAGAGAAGGAAACUGAGAAAGUACUUGAAUCAGAAGUUGUUGUAGAAGAAGCUAUUGUAGUUGCUAAGACAAUGCCAGAGAUGAGAAAGGAUGUAAGUGAUGAUACCACAGCAAGUGAGCUAGAGUUAACCUCAGAGGCAGUGACUGCUCUAGAAGAGACAGCAGAAGCUUCCUGUGCUGAAGAAACGAUGGAAGUGUCCUUUGCUGAAGAGACAACUGAAAUGGUUUCUGCUGUUUCACAGUUGAUAGAAACUCCAGAUACUACAGAGGAGGUCACACCUGUACAGGAAGUAGAGGCCACUGAACAAAAUUUGAAAGAAUUAGACAAACAGACCCAAAAAGUUCUUCAUGAAGUUGCUGAAAGAGUGAAGUCUUCAGAUGUAACGCAGCUGGAUUCUGAAAGUACCAUAACAGCAGCUGUAAUUUCAACCAUGCAAGAAAGUGAGUCAGAAGAGAAAGAUGAUGCUAAAGAAGAGAAAAUUGUAGGUCAGGGAACAAUUUUGCUUGAACAGUCCGUGAAAAAAGGAGAAAAGCUGGAGGAUGAUGUCCAGCCCCUGGAAGGUACAGGGAGUGUUCAGGGUGAAAGUGGAAUUGAAGAGAGGGUAUACGAAGGUUUAGAGAAAAGUGAAAUGUCUGCUGCAGUGAAAGAAAGUGCAGAAGGAGAUGAAAAUGUGGAUUUAUUGAGAGAUGAAGGCCACCAGCAGAUAUGUGAAGAAGCAGUUGUAGAAGACCAUGAAGAAAUAGCUGAAGUGCAGAGGACAACAGAGGAACCUUCAUCGCAAGACAGUGAAGCAGUAACUCCCAAGGAAGAGCAAUUAGCGAAGCAGAAGCUUUCAGAACAAGAGAAAGUGCCCCAAGCAGACUUGACAGUAGAUGAGAGGAGAGACGACCAUAUUCCAGAAGUGCAGGCUGCAGUGCAGAACGAGAUUGAAGAUGAAACCUCUGCAUUAGGAUCUACAGGAGAAGAGCCUGCAGAACUUGAAGGAGAGGGUGAAACACUCCCUGUGGGACCAGUGCGCACAAAAGCGGUUGUCGCAGAAGUCCCUGUCAGUACUGAGAGUCAGGAUGAAACUCCUGAGUUAGACUUGCAAGAGCAAACUUGUAUCAAAGCAGUUCCUAGCGAGGUACCUGCACAGAGAGAGGAAGAUGAUGCUGUGCUCCUUGGAGUAAAGAGCUCAGAAGUCAUUGCUGAUGAGGUCCCAAUGGACAGUGAGGUAGAAACCUCAGCUCUUACAUCAGAGGCAACUGGCUCAGAAGCAGCUGAGGCUGCUGAGCAGAGUGUGAGGGAUGAGGAUGGCAGGCAGAUUACAGCAAAAGAUCCUGUCCCUGUCCUAGAGUCAGAACUCAUAGAAAAAACAACUGAAGCUCUCUCCCAAAGUGAUGAAAUUGAAAGUGGUAAAAUAGAAGAUUCCAUGCUCAAAACUGAAACACGCUCACUGUCUGAUAAUGCUCUCACUGAGCACCCUUCCAAGACUGAAGAAGACGAAUCUACUUUAGCAUCAGCAUGCCUAGAUGUCACUGAAAAUGGAAGCACCAUCUGCACUGACGUAAGUCCUAAGACAAGCGAAAUACAGAGCAGCUUAGCUGAAGAAAGGACUGCAGAAACAAAACAAGAACUUGCAGAAAUCUCAAACAGUCAAGACAUUCAGAAAGAGGAAAACAUAAAUGGGCAGUUGAUGGAAACAGUCGAAGAAUUUCAGUCUGGAAAACAGGAAGCUGUGAGGGAUGAUGAAUGUUGUUCAACAGCUGUCCAGCAAGAGGUUUUCUCUGUGCAAGAGGAAGGCUGUGACUCGGCCUCUCCACCAGCUGAAAGCUCAGAGUCCCUGGAAGUGCCUGUGCCUGUAGCAGCUGCAGCAGCUGAAGAGCAUGUUGUAGCAGAAGCUGCUACGCCCACAGCCAAAACUGUAGACCCCUUGGCAACCACACCAGAACAAAUGGCUUCUGGUGAGGUCCCAGCUUCUACUCCCGACUAUUCAGGCUGUGAGACUGCAGAGCCUGGUACUGUGGAAGCACCCCAGCCUCAGGUAACUCACGCUUAUGUUAAUGGAAUAUCAGAGAAGGAAGAGAGUUUCUGGAGUAUGGAUCAGCCCAAACAAAACACUGCUCCUUUAAGUGAUGGUCUCACUCUCUCCCACGCGGAAUCUGAGACGGAUGUUGUUCCAACUGGGACUAUAGAGUCCCAGAGUACAAAAAUUGUAUUGAACGCCAUCCAGACUGCUGUUAACAAACUUACAGAAACAGAAGAGACAGCUGCCUUAGAGUCAGAACAGCACACUAAGUCCAGAGGGAAAAGCCUGACAGACACGACUUUACCUGAACUUUUGGAAAGUAUGCAGGUAGUAAAGGAAGAAGAGGUAUCAAGUAAAGAGCAGGAGCUCCAGCAGUCCCGACUAAGCAAGCAUGCUAUAUUAACAGAGUCUGCAGAUAUUCAUGCAGCUGUAGAAAAAGCAAAAGACGUGCUAUUAACUUCUGAGGCACUGGAAGAUGGACCAAGUCAGAAUUCUGACUUUGUGACUACUCCUGAAGACAUUUCAAGGGAUAGAGUGAGAGUUGAGAACUCAGCAUUAGAGAUAAGUACCUCAGAAGAUUCAACCAAAGAUAUCCUAGACAUACGCCAAGUAAAACUGAAGGAAAAGGAGAUAGGAAAGGUUGUGGAGAUCUCAGACCAACAUAUAGGUAAACAAACGUGUGGAGAAAGGGAGGAAGAUGGUCACCCACUAGUGGAAGAUGGGAAAACACAAACAUGGCAGGACGAUGGUUGCCAAGAAGACACAGAUUGUGAUGGUCCACAAAGUCAGAACUUGUUGGCUCCUGAGGCUCUGAAUUCGUGCUAAGGAUCCGUGUGGCGUUCUGAGAGAUACCAGUGUUAGAGAACAACUGACAAUCCUGUGAGAGAACCAGGAGCUUAAUUCACUACCCUUUAUUCUUGGAUGUUAACACCUGCUCUUUUGAAGACUUCACCUUUUUUGUCAUUAAAAACCAAUGCCUUUAAUAUUGGGUAUAUCCACACGUGUCCCAUUCAAAGGUCAUCUGCCUCUGCUGAAAAUGUCCCAUUUAGACUGGAGAUGCACAUCAGAGUGAAUGGACAGACCACUAAAAUUUGUGUCAGAGUUGUUGCCGUCCCCUCACUUAACUUUUCCGUCCUGUAUGUCCCAUGUCUCUUGAAUUCUCCAUUCAUCCCUAAAACCCCUACCUCCUUUCUGCGGUCCCCCUUACUCCCACCAUCUUCCGUAGCUGCCUUGAUUUGACCAGCGAGCGGCCACAGCUGCUGCUCGACUUCUGUGCUGAAGGGGAGAGCUGACUGAAGAGAACACAUGAGACUUAUGGCUGAUAGAAGGUGCGUUUGUCAAACAGCAGGAACUGGAUCACGCACAGAUUUUUGAGCAAGGUGCUCAAGAUUGCUGCCUUUCAGUCCCAUUCAGGUAUCUCUAUCUGUCCUUCGAUUGUGCGGGCCUGAUUUAGUCAGAAUUUGUUUCUACAGUGUAGCUUGAAAGGAGGUUGAGAGUACUCUUUUUUUUCUGUUCAAGACUUCAGGUUUCGAGACUGGACUGUAACGUGUUGAAUAUUUAUAUGUAUGUCUUAAUCCCAGUUCUGAUUUUAAUGUAGAGCUCUGAUACUUCUGUACUGUUUAGGCAUACCCUAAAAGGAAUUUUGUAGAGUAGCCUGGAGAGGAAAUUCAUACUGAUGGAGUGGAAUUCAAUAACAUAUAGUUUCAUAUUUAUUGUUCCAGGUUUAUCCCCUUGUAAAAUCUCUCCAAAACUUGGCAGUCAUGCUUUGAAUAUUUAUAUGUAAAUCAUAAGCCCAGUUCUGAUUUUAAUGUAGAAUUCUGAUAUUUCUAAAGACAAAAGGAGAGCCCUGACCUGUUCCAGAUCCAACUGUGCUGACCAGUGUCCCUUCCACUUGCAGUCCUCUCAGGUUUCUGAGAACCCUUUAGGCUUACCCUUUCCCUGCUGUCUUGCUCAUACAGCAGCCCCAGGCGUACCACAACCCUGAAUCACACCCUGCUCUUGGCAGAGUCUGCUCAGUCCUGAUCACAGCCCCAUCUAUCCCCAGGAUGUUACCUUCACUAACAUCAUAUAAUAUUCACGUUGUAUACAAGUAUCCUCCUUUCCCAACCCAUGGCUGAACCAUCCCAUCACAGCAUUCCCCAUUUCUUGAGAUCCUUGUUGCUUUUACCAAUUCCCUGAGGGUGGGGGGGGGUGGGGUAGAGAGGGUAAGGGCUUGGUAAUGAAUUCUGCCUUGGAUUGCAAAAGGCUGAAGAAAAGCUUGUAGUACUGAGUUCCUAACAACCUUCACCUAAGCUGGGUUGAACUGAGAACAGCUGCAAACUGGGGUGAGCAGGGUGAUCUAAAGACAGAAAGAAACCUCACUGGGAUUGCCUAUCCCCAGCAGGAGUAGGUCCUUCCUUUUGUUGUUUACAUUAGAAUCAAACAUGGGCUGCAAGUCAAUCCUUUCAGCUCUGAUUUCGAAAGUGAAGGUUCCAGAUGGCACUUUGUGAAACCGAUGCCACCAAGCGAACAAUAGCUCACUAUCCUACCUGUAUAGUAAUUUAUUUGAAAAUCAACUCUUAGUGUACAAAUGCUCUUGUUACAGCAGGUGCUCGCCUCUCCUCGGGGCUGCACAUACAGCAAGCAAUGUGACUGAUUGCACUGGUGUGAUUGCACCAUCUGGUGCUGCCCUGCGUGGAAGCAUCAAGAGAUUUUUCCUUACCUCAGAGCAAAUUAUAUAAAUAUUUAAAGCUGAACAAUGUGGUUUCAAACAAUCCAGUCUGUCUUUGUCCAUUGUUAGCGGCAGCUUUUUCCCCCUAGCUUUGGGCAAUUCCAACAAUCUCUGUUGGUUUCCACAGGUUUAAAUUGGCUUGCAAGUUAAUCGUGCUCUUAAUAACACCUCACAAGUGCAAACUUGGCUGAAUUUGUACAAACUGUAUACCUAUGUACGUUAAGCCAUAUUGCAAUAAAUGCAGCAGGUAAAACGAAAUAACAGUAGCAUGACCUGUGUAAUCCCAGUUCUUAUGUUUGUAGCUCCAAAGCUGUUAAUAAUAUGUAAAGUUAAUUCUUGUCUGAACCUCAUUUAAAUAAAGCUAGCUUUAUCACAAUGUAAAUUGUCUGUUGGUAGUAAUUGGACAGGCAAGUGCUUCAACUUGCUCGUUUUCUCCAUUAAUCCAGGGCCUAGGUAAGCAAUGCGACAAACAUAACUGUAAAACAAGUACAAAAGCUUCUUGUAACUGACAGCUGACAAAUAUCGCGCCUGAAGCCACGCUAACGGUGCAAGGAGCACGGCUCCACCUAACGAUCCCACUUUGUUCCGGUGUAUUGCUUUGGCCUCUGAAACUCUCAUUUGAGACUGUGACUUCUGGCUUGUGCUUAAAAGCUUGAAGCUUUCUCAAAUCCAAUGUAUUGGGUUACCAAAUCUGAUUUUUGUUUUUAAGGUAGAUUUUCAUUAAUUAAAUAAAAUACAACUAAAAUUUUCUUCUAA